AUGAAGACCUUCGUCAUCGCAACCGCCCUUGUCGUGCUAGCCAGCGCGCUCUGCUGCAGCGCGUAUAUCGUGCCUUCCGGUUCUCCCGGCUUCUACGCCGGCAACUCAACGUCCGCCGUCACCUUCGAUCAGCAUUCAGUAUUCCUUGAUGGGAAGCGCGUCUUCGUCUUCUCUGGUGAAAUGCAUCCCUGGCGAGCGCCUUCGGGUGGACCGACGUGGCGGGAUGUACUGCAGAAGAUGAAGGCAGCUGGAUUCAACGCUGUCUCUGUGUACCAUAGAUGGGGUUCUUCGUCCGGGCGACAGGGUCAGCUUGACUUCGAAUAUUGGCGCAAUCAAACGGAAGUGUAUCAGAUCGCCAAAGAGGUUGGUAUACUGGUGAUUGCUCGCCCAGGACCAUACAUCAACGCGGAAACUUCGGCUGGAGGUUACCCGGGAUGGGCCACAUUGCUGAAUGUCACCACACGCUCAAAUGCAUCGGAGUUCACAGAUGCUUGGAUGCCAUACAUCGCAGCGUCUGCGCAAUUCAUCGCCCCAUACCAGUACCCUGAUGGACCUGUUAUCGCAGUGCAAGUCGAGAACGAGUUCGGCCUUUCCGACCCGGAGCAUCCUGGUCGCUCUGAGUACUUCGCUAUCAUCGAGGAUGCCUUGAGAAGUAAUGGCAUCACAAAGGUUCCGCUCACUUCGAACGAAGCGGGUGAUUCCGGUCUCUUUGCUCCUGAACCUCGCACAUACGACGUCGGCGCCGUCGACCUGUAUACCUUCGACGCGUACCCGCAACGCUAUGCUUGCAAUGAUCCGUACACCUGGCAUGAGGUUGUGACAUCGUAUCCCGCUGCUCAUGCUGCCGAUGACCCAGACCUUGUCUGGGCGUCUGGUGAGUAUCAAGCUGGCAGUCAGGAUGGAUGGGGUGGUGGAGGCUAUGAUGGCUGUUAUGAGCUGACGAACGAGAACUACGUCAACGUGUUCUACAAGAACAACUACGCCGCCCAAGUGAUGUACCAGAACCUAUACAUGACCUAUGGCGGUACCAACUGGGGCAAUCUGGCCGAACCAGGCGUCUACACAUCGUACGACUACGGAGCGGCAAUUCGUGAAGAUCGACGUUUGACAUCCAAGUAUAACGAGCUUAAGCUGCAAGCCUAUUUCCUCCAUGCCUCGCGCUCCUUCCUCACCGCCGAGAUCGUGAGUACGACGAACAUUACAGACUCUGGCUCAGUAGACCCGAGCGGCACUGGCGCAACGGAUGGAAGCGAUGUCUUCGUGACAGGUAUGUCGAGCGCCGACGGUGGGGGCUUCUACGUGGUCAGGCAGGUUACGAACAACAUCACUUCGCCGACACACUUUGCACUGGAUGUCAAUACAACUAUCGGCGAACUGACUAUUCCUCGUCUGGGAGGAAGCGUCACCCUAGCAGGUCGCGAAAGCAAGAUUCUUCCCACCGAUUACGCCUUCGGAUCCAGCAUACUCGAUUACUCCACUGCAGAGGUUCUGACUUGGUUCACAUCCGAUGGCACGGACUUCAUCAUGCUCUAUGCGUUUGAGGGCCAAGACAUCGAGGUCUCAUUGAAGACGGCCAUCACCUCUGCGAGCGUUACGGGCACUUCAUUCAAUACGACGUACCUCGAUGGGUCACUCAUAGUCAGCGGCUCUCCUUCGGGCCUGACGCGCGUGGAUGUCGGAAACGACACUACUCUAUUGAUAGUCGACAAAGUCUCUGCGUAUGGACUCUGGGCGCCGCGACUCGUCGGCGACAACAACACCACAACAUAUGAUCAGUCCCCGGAUACGUCUUCGGCGCUGGUCACAGGGCCUUAUCUUGUGCGCAACGCGACCCUCGAAGGGACGACUCUCGCAUUGUAUGGCGACCUCAACGCUACGACCACCAUCUCCGUGCUUGCGCCUUCCAACAUCACUUCCUUCACCUGGAACGGUGCUCAAGUUGACGCAAACAUAGAUGACUUCGGCUUCCUGAGCGGCUCAGUGUCGAUUAACGUCACCGAGGUGCAGCUUCCGGAUCUUCGUGGCGCGGAAUGGUGGGUAAUCGAUUCGUUACCCGAGGUUCAAGACGACUUCGACGACAGCGAAUGGGUGACGGCGAACCUGACAAGCGCGAAGAGUCCAUACCAGCCGUAUAACGGGACGUACGUUCUGUAUGCCGACUUUUACGGGUUUCACCAAGGCAACACUAUAUACCGAGGGCACUUCAACGGCACGGGCGCUUCAGGUGUCGAACUCUCUGUACAAGGGGGACAGAACUUCAGCUACGGCGCUUGGAUCAAUGACAGGUAUCUUGGCAGCAACCCACCUGGCGGUGCAGAUACCAGUAACGACACGUGGAUAUUCGAGGAAGGUGAUCUCAAGGAGGGGGAUAACGUGGUGACGAUCGUGCUCGACCCUACGGGCCAAGAAGAAUGGUAUCCCGGGGAUCGCUUCAAGACGCCGCGCGGUCUCCGUGGGUACGGCCUUCUCGGCGAUGUUGAUUUUGAUCAUUGGAAGAUCGCCGGCAACUUGGGUGGCGAGCACUGGCCUGACGCUGUACGAGGUCCGAUGAACGAGGGCGGCCUAUACGUCGAACGUCUUGGUGCACAUCUACCAGCCUUCCCUAUCUCUGACUUCAAUUGGACCGCACCAAGCAACACAUCGUCGCCUUUUGUCGGAAUCGACGGUGCUGGUAUCAGCGCGUAUCGCACGAACUUCACUCUGAACAUCCCGUCGGACGUUGAUGCACCGAUCUCGUUGAACUUCACAUAUACCCCUGGCAGCAAUUAUCGCAGCAUCAUCUAUGUCAAUGGAUGGCAAUUUGGUAGAUUCAGCGCACUCACUGGCCCGCAAUCGCUAUUCCCUAUUCCACAGGGAAUCAUGAACCACCAGGGAGAGAACGAGCUUCUGGUCACUUUAUGGUCUCUCGAUUCGGAUGGCGCCAAGAUUGAAGGUCUUGAACUCGUGCAUACGGCGUUAGUAGUGUCGAGUAAAGAAGGAUUUGUCAACGGAGUAGUCGAAUCUCCGGAUUAUUUCACUCUGCGUACGUAA